AUGCCGGUCCACAUCCUCGCCUCGACCGUCUCCGCCGCCAUACCCACCGAAUACUGGGCCUCCCUCGCCGCAGCAUGCAUCUCGAUCUCGAUGCUCAAAACCUGGUCGCGUGGUCCCUCGCUUCUCGAACCACCCACCACCUCGGAUAGCUUCACCGACCUUCACGGGCGGAUCAUCCUCAUUGCCUCUGGGGCAUUCACCCCGCUGGGCGUGGUCACUCUUUCCUCGCUCGCGCAUCGCGGGGCGCAACUCAUCGCGCUCACUCCCGACAUCAGCGCGCCGGAGGUGCUCCAGAUGAUCCACCUGAUUCGCGACUCGACGCAGUCCGAACCGGUCUAUGCGGAACAGUGCGACUUGGGCGAUUUGGAGAGUAUCAGUGCGUUUGCGGCGCUCUGGAAUGCCGGGGAUAAGGGGCAGAAGGAGGGCGUGCGGCGGUUGGACGGUCUGUUGUUUCUGCCGCCGGGGCGGGAGGAGUUGCAACGCGUCCGAUUGGCCGAGUCAACGAAAGGGAGGAGAGAGGAGGUGUAUCAGCUGCACGUGCUGGCGAGGUUUCAUCUGGUCAACUCGUUGCUCAGCAGCUUGCUCGUCCAGCCGAGGGAUCGGGAGGUGAGGCUGGUCAGCGUCAUGUCGCCGUUCUACGCUGCCGGGUUGGGCCACUUUGAUCUCCUUGCGACACAGACUGCUACGACGAAGGGCAAAGGGCCAAAAGGACAGCUGCAGACUCUCUCAGAAACCUCCUUCUCCGCUCUCCUCGGCGCCGCCUCCCUCCGCUGGUACGCCCUGACACUCGAACUGCAACGUCGACUCGAUCUGCUAGCCGAAGCGGAUCCGCGCCCGCGCACCAAGCUCGCCGGUAUCGAUCCCGAGUCCACCUCUUCCACUACCUUCACACACUCGGGCGACAUCAAGGACGAAGCCCAACGUCAGAUGCGACAGCACUCGAACAUCAGCAUCGUCAACGUCUGCCCGGGGUUCGAACGCACCGAUCUCAUCGAUACGUUCUUCCCCCGCUCCUCCAGCUCCAGCUUCAUCGCGCGGAUACGAGGCUUUUUGCGAUGGAUGGUAUUGUUGCUGCUAUGGCCGGUGGUAUGGUUGUUAGCCAAGUCGCCGGCUACGGCUGCCAACAGCGUCGUGUGGGGUACAACGCGCAAACUCGAGCCGCUUUCGAUGCGAUAUGCGCGCAUCCUGGAGAGUUUGUCGCCACCGCAGGGGAAGGGGAAGGAGAGAGAGACGAGAGGGUGGCAAGACCCGGUGAUUCCAGCAGAGAUGUAUCGCGAGGGAAGGAUCGUUCGUCCCCAGCUGCCGGUGAGGUUCGGAAAGCGAGGGGAGAAGCAGGAUGCCUGGGCUGAGCUGUGGAAGGGGGAGGAGAUGGAGGUCGAGCGACGGAUCAAGGCGCUCGGUGGGAGUAUCAAGCGGCCGAAGGUGUGA